CGGCGACGAGCAACCCCUCUUCCUCGCUGUCAAUAGCGACGACCACGCUACUUCUAGCACCUUCAAAUCGCUGCGUUGAUAGACUCUCUAACGCCCCCACAUCUGUUGCGAAGGUUCUGAAACCCUACCGCCGGCGCUCGCAUACUUCCGCACCGACGUGUAAUCUGGUGUAAUCAUCAAACCCAUCGCAUUUCACCGCUCCUUGGAGCGAACCUGGAGCUGCGCACGUCUUUCUCUUGACCACGACGACCAUGUCCUCGACACCGACACCGGUGCCGACGCCGACGCCCGCGACAAAGGGCAAGAAGUUCAAGCGUGCGAUCAAGUCCGCCGCUCGUCUCCCCCGACCUGGCAAGGGCCUCCGCGCGCGCAACGGGCGGGGCAGCUUCGCCCCCAUCCCUGGAGAAACACCCAUCGUGAACCUUCGCGUCCAGAUCGUCGGAUGCCGCGAUCUGGUGGCCAAGGACCGGAACGGGUACAGCGAUCCCUUCGUCACCGUAUCCGUCCUCCCGAACCGCCACCAGACGCCAGUGGCGAAGCGCACGCUGAACCCGACGUACGCCCCCAAGGAUGCCACCUUCGACUUCCCCAUCUACCUCUCCCUCGCCGAUCGCCUAGGCGCGCUCGAGCUCGUCAUCUGGGACAAGGACAUGCUCAAGAAGGACUACAUCGGCGAGGUCGCGCUCCCCCUCGAUGACUGGUUCGCGAACGACCGCGCGUUCGGCUUCAAUGAGCCCGCCAACGUCCCCUUCACGGUCAACCUCGUCAGCACGCGCACCAACACGCGGGCGAGCGGCUCCGUAGAGCUCAAGCUUGGGUUCGUGAGCCCACCGCAGACGACGAACCUGCUCGAGUUCCCCGAAGUCUACGAGGAGCUCGUCCGCCGCGCGCGUCGCUCCCUCGUCUCCGCGCCUCCCACCGAGGGUGUCGGCACAAUCCGGCGCAGCGAGGGUGGUCCUGCGUUCGAGGACGACGGCGGCCUGAGCUCGUCUUCCGAGGACGAGGACGAAGACGAGGAUGACGAAGACACGGACGCGUUCCCAACGACGCCGUCGACCCCCGGAGGCAUCUACGACCGCCCUCCCGCCGAGCUCCUCGCCCACGCGCGCAAGCCAAGCGGCCCGCACGGCACUCCAAAGGUUGAGUCACCCAAGUCCGACAGCACGCCUACGCCCCGCGUCGACAGCGCGGUUGCGCCCCGCCUCGACGUGCAGCCGGCCUCUCCACAAAUGCCGCCGCGCAGUCCAUCGGGCGGUUCGCGCUCGAGUCUUUUGCCCAAGAUUCUGCGUCGUAGCUCUAGCUCACCAGCCGACGGUACUGCGAGCCCAAGUCGUAGCCCCAGCCCGGCUAUUGCAACUCCAACGACUCCGUCAUCCACUUUGACGCCUUCGGUCCCAAGCACGUCGACUCCUGGCAGACGUCGUAAGCGCGAGAAGGGCGGCUCAUAUGCUUUGGGCAGCGAGAACGACAUCGUCGGCAUCGUCAUGCUCGAGAUCGACCGCGCGGAGGACCUGCCGAAGCUGAAGAACAUGACGCGCACCGGAUGGGACAUGGACCCCUUCGUCGUCGUGUCCUUCGGCAAGAAGGUCUUCCGCACCCGUGUCAUCCGCCAUUCGCUCAACCCCGUCUGGGACGAGAAGCUUCUUUUCCACGUCCGGCGGUAUGAGAAGGCAUUCCGGGUUAAGCUUACCUUGCUGGAUUGGGAUAAGCUUUCCAGUAACGAUCUCAUCGGCGAGACGGGCUUCGAGGUCUCUGACCUUCUUGCGAAAGCUCCGCAGCCGGAUCCGAAGACGGGUCUGUACAAGGAUGUCGAGGAUGAGACCGGUCAGGAGGAAUUGAUUGAGUACAAGCUGAACAUCGCUACCGACAAGAGCCACGCUUGGGAGGCGAGGCAUAACCCCGUCAUCACCGUACGAGCCAAAUAUCAGCCUUACGAUGCUCUGCGACAGCGGUUCUGGAGGCAGUACCUCCGUCAGUACGAUACCGACGACACGGGAUCCUUGUCGCAUGUUGAGAUCACGAGUAUGCUUGACUCUCUGGGCUCGACGCUCACGCGGUCGACCAUUCACUCGUUCUUCACGCGCUACGGUAAGCAGCCGCAUGAAGACGAGCUCACGAUGGACGAGGUCGUACAGUGUCUCGAAGACGAGAUUGGCAAGCCGGACGCUGAGCGGAAGCGUGUCGGGGACGAUGCGGAUGACGACCCCAGCACAAGUGCUAUCGCUACCCCCGUCAUCGGCCUCUCCGACGCGCAAGGUCGCGAGAUCGACAUGAGUCAGCUCGACUUCUCCGGUCCCCCGGCCGCCGCCGGUGCCAAUGUCUCUGGCGACUUGAGCGAUGCACCCGUGGAGAAGCCCGAGAGCAUCGUUCCGGGUGGCGGCCAGCCCCUCGACACUUCGCACGAGAAGCCAGGCGCGAACACGACCAAGCCUGGUGCGCCUGCCGGUUACUCGACGGAACCAGCGGCGCAACCUCUGCACGAAGCUGCCGCGCCCGCUUCUUCCUACUCGUCCUCUGAAGACGCCGGUGAAGAGAGCUCGACAUCUGUAAGCGGCGUUCCCGGCAAGAAGAAGAAGCGCGGGCUCAAGUCGCGCGCCAACUUCCGCAAGUCGUCGAGCUCGCGCUCCAAGUCCGGGUCGAGUAGCCCCGACGGGCUGGGUUCAGGCUCUGGGGAUGUGGGCUCGGUCGAGCGGGUGAUCAACGUGAAGAACUGCCCGCUGUGCCACCGGCCGCGGCUGAACGACAAGGCGGAGAUGGACAUCGUGACGCAUCUGGCUGUGUGCGCGAGCCAGGACUGGAACAAGGUUGACCGCAUCAUGGUCGCCAACUUUGUGACGGCGAGCCAGGCGCAGCGGAAGUGGUACACCAAGGUCAUUGGGAAGAUUAGUUCCGGUGACUACAGGCUGGGCGCGAACUCUGCGAACAUCAUCGUACAGAACCGUAUGACGGGUCAACUAGAAGAGGAGAAGAUGGCUGUUUACGUGCGCUUGGGCAUCCGACUGCUAUACAAGGGUGCUAGAAGCAAGAUGGAAGGCGGGCGAGCUCGCCGUCUGCUGAAGUCAUUGUCCAUCAAGCAGGGUCUCAAGUACGACUCGCCGGAAUCGGCGCGCGACAUUCCAGCCUUCAUUGAGUUCCACCAGCUUAACGUCAACGAGAUGCUCGACCCGAUAGACUCCUUCAAGAACUUCAACGAGUUCUUCUAUCGCAAGUUGAAGCCCGACGCACGUCCCGUCGAGUCUCCCGACGACCCGUAUCGCCUCGUCAGUGCCGCCGAUUGUCGCCUCAUGACCUUCGAGACCGUCAGCGAUGCGACGAAGCUGUGGAUCAAGGGCCGCGAAUUUACGGUCGGGCGCCUGCUCGGGGAUAACUACAAGGCGGACUUCUCGCGGUACGAGGGGGGCGCUCUGGCCAUCUUCCGUCUCGCGCCGCAGGACUACCAUCGCUUCCACACGCCAGUUGACGGGAAGGUUGGUAAGAUGACUUAUAUCGCGGGCGAAUACUACACGGUCAACCCGCAAGCUAUACGUACCUCUCUGGACGUGUACGGAGAGAACGCGCGCAUGAUCGUGCCCAUCGACAGCCCGCAGUUUGGCCGCGUUAUGGCGGUCUGCGUCGGGGCCAUGAUGGUCGGCACCAUCAAGAUUACCGUUGACGAAGGCCAGGAGAUCAAGCGCGGCGACGAGUUUGGCUACUUCGCUUUCGGUGGUUCGACGAUCGUGUUGCUUAUCGAGAAGGGCGCGGUGCAGUGGGAUGAAGACCUCCUUAUCAACGGUCGGUCCGCUCUCGAGACGCUCGUCCGGGUUGGCAUGGGCAUCGGUAAAGGCUUGAGAGCCGAUUAAACUUGUGUCGCGGUCGUCGAUUAGCUUGGUUGGCGGAACGAAUAUCUGAGGACGGACUUGCUAAUAAAACUAAAGAAAUCUGUAUUUAUCUCAUUACAACGGCAAUGUACAUUCCGAAAGUGCAUCUAUACGGAUACGCUGUUGGCUGAGUGUUGGUACAGGAUUGCCACUGGCAGGCGGCAAUUGCAGCGUAUGACACGG